AUGUGCAGGAGCAGAUAUACCGGCAUCCGCAAACGUAUAGAAUCUCUAGAGACCAGCAAAGUCCGACAGGAUGGCGAGGCGACCAAUCAGGGGCGCCAACCCCCCGGUGGGAGAUCAAAGAAUGAGAUCUAUGGCAAAAGCCCGCGUGUUGCGGACGAGCAGUUCGGUACAUCUGUCGGCGCCGAGGCGUUGCCGUUGUUUGGGGAGUUGGAAGUCAGCGAGCGCGCGUUUCAGCAGCAAAUAGAGAAGGGCAAUAUUCUUGUACCGGAUGCCGGUAUGGCACAACUGCUGGGUGUACAGGGGACGUAUGGGAGGGAUGUAAGGUUAGGUGAUGGGCGAGGAGAAAGUGGUCUACUACCGAGUGAUGAUGCGAGCGGGCGGGGGAAGGUGCUGGCUGGGUAUAAGGAAAGUGGACCAGCAACGGGAAAUAAAGGACUUAGGGGAACGGGCGAAGCACAUAGUGAUGCUUUGGCGGGUGAGCGUCGUCUGGCGAGUGAAAGUGUUGUAAAUGGGAGGAAACCAGCCCAGCCACAACCACAACCCCAGCCAGAACAGGCACACCAAACACCACUCACACGCCAACCACCCGAUGCAUUGCCACACCCACACCCACACCAACACCAACAGUACCAGGCACAGGCACCAGCACCACAUGAACAACAACCAUCACAACACCAAUACCCGUAUCCCCACCAGCCCCCACACCCCUCACCAGCGCCUGCGCCUCGCUCUUCCCAGGCGCACGAGGGUUCGUUUGACCCUCGCGCGCGGAAGGGGAAGUCCAACUACGAUCACAACGCCGCCAAGAGGAAAGGACCGACCGCCUUAGCAAGCAUAGACAGACGCAGGCUGGAUGUCAACGUGCGCUUCUUGCCGCUGAACAAGAUCAUGGCGCUGGCUCGAUCGACUUUGAGUGGCGAUCGCGGCGUGGCCAUGGAGCAUUUCAUGGCGUACCUGGCCAAACGGUCGAGACUGAUGGAUAUCUCCGGCUAUGAGUACUCGAUAAAUAUCGUCCGAGAACUCAAUGACUUCCCAUUGGCUAUGGAGUUGCUACGUAUGGCCAAGACAGCCAAUGUCCCACCGACAGCCCACAUCUACAAUACAGCCAUUUCCGUUUGUAACGCCAACAGGCGGUGGACCGAAGCCCUUGACGUGUACGAGGCAAUGCUAUCGGCCUACGAAAACAACGCACGCGGGUGUGUAACACCAGACGAUGCCACGUACGCGCAUGUGCUGAAGACGUGUAGGUAUGCACGCGAGGGAAAGGUAGCGCUGGAUGUGAUCAGCCGCAUGACUUAUAACCGCAGUGAGAUCAAGACGUACCAGUACAACAUGGCCUUAAUGGCUGCACUCGACGCAGGGCAGCCCACUUUGACCAUCAAUCUCUACAAGCGCAUAUUAGUAGACGAAGCCGCUAACGUCGCCUCAGGCGUAGGUGCGUAUGUGGGGAAUGGCAUUGGUCCUAAAUACGUGGUGGACCACAUCACAUUCCAAACGGCAGCGUUGGCCUAUGUGCGACUGAAGGAUAGUAUCGGCGUCAUGCAUGUGCGUGAUAUGAUGCUCAGUCGAGAUAUGCCGAUCACCAGGCGCAUGUCCAGUGUCUUCCUGAAGGCGUGUGUGGAGCAAGACCGCCCCGGAACAGCCGUAGCUAUAGCAACGCAGUAUCUUGCCAGCAUCGGCUAUACACAGUCCCCAUCAGAGAGCGCUUCAGCUACUGGACUCACCCCGUCACAGCCACAGCCACCAGGACAGGGCGUGCCAAACCGCAAUAGCUCUGAGCAGACUCUGCUGGAGAGUGAACUUGCGGCUGAGCGGACGGUCACAACGCAGGCAUAUACGCGACAUACGCCCAGCACUGCAUACGAGACACUACAUGUGCCGGAUGUGAAAUGGUUCUUCGACGCCAUGAACGCCGUCAGCGAGAGCCCUCAACACGCGCACUACGCCUACCAGUGGUACCGAACUAUGGCACACUAUGGCGUCUCACCGAUGUACUUCUCCAACGAGGGAUUCCCUACCCCAACCGACAUGUACACAAAGGUGUUGCAGGGAUGUACACAGGCGCAGCACACACGCUAUGCAUUGGAUGUGUGGGACGAUAUGGAUGCUGCGGGUGUGUCGCCCGGGGUGCGAGCGUGUAACCUUGUGCUGAGGAGUCUCAAGGCGCAUCAGGAAGCCGUUGUCGUGCAGAAGCAGUCUACGGGUGGUGAUUUGGCCAAAGGCCGGAAGCCCAAAACCGGGCCACGCUUGACUUUGGGUGCGGAAAGGGGCGCGGCAUGGGAAGAAGCUGUGCUAUUAUUAGACGAUCUAUCUACGGCUGCAAGCCCCAACGUAUACGACCGGCCUAUGCAAUUGGGCGAUGGGGGGGUGUCGAGCGAACAGAGGAGAGGGGGUGACUGUUCAGGGGUUGCUUCAACUACAAGUAUACAUACCGAUACCGAUACUGAUACGACACUAGCAACGCGUUUAAACCCGGAUGACCAGAGCUCACGCGUGCCUGCGCCUACUGAGGCAAACGCAUACACGCCCGGCAGAAACGUGUUGAAUGCUCUGUCGUUCAAUCUGGCCAUCGCCACGUGUUUAACCGCGGGCCAAUCACAUGCGGCGGAGAGACUGCUACGACAAAUGAAAGGUCUACAGAUACAGCCCGAUAGUCGCACGUUCGCGCUGGCCAUCACCGCAGAGAAGAACGCUGGAGACUGGCGGGAGGCGGUGAACUUCUACCAUCGCCUGGUAACAAAAACCGGGUUAGCGGACGAGUACUGUUGCGCCAGUGCCAUGCAAGCGUGUGUGCGUGCUGGCCAAUUCAACGUCGCUUUGAGACUGUAUGACGAUCUCACUGCCAGCCAGGGGGAGAUUAUGUACCACGACAUCACGUAUGCCACAGCCAUGAAAGCGGCCGUCGGGGCUGCGGAUGUGGCGCAGCUUGUGCGUGUAGUCAGUAGCAGAAAGGUCACUAAGAGGAAUUCCCCUGCCAAACUAGAGAUCAGCACUACUCAGCCUGUGCCAGGCGGAAGCCCCAUGGUAUUUACAUCGCAACCCGUGAAAGGAACGAAAGGUAGAAGUGGCCCAAAUGCGGGCAACACAUCGCCCUUCGCCGACAGCAUAUCAGACAUUGUCGCCAGGACCAGUUCGUCUGCCGAAGCGCUAGAGCACUUCGAAUCCCGGAAUAAAGCGGGACGGGUCACGGAGAAGGAUGUCGCACGCUGUCUGAAGCAGUUGCACGACAACGGCUUUGACCGGCAGGCGUUGGAUCUGUAUAAGCAAGCUACGAGCUCUGUGUGUCCUGUGGAUUCGUGGGUGUUCCGAAGAGUUUGGGACAUCCACGUAGCCCUGCAGAGCACCAGUCACACCGCAAUGAGUGUUCUGGAGGACAUGAUGCGAGCGAGCAUCGUACCUGACGCCCACACAUACAUCGGCCUAUUCAAACUUGCGAUCAACGACAAGGACACGCGGAAUCUAGAUGACUUAACAUCCAGGCUAUUUGUCAGUAGCAUUUUCAUCACCGACAAACUGGCGUGGACUCUGCUUAAAUCAUAUCAGCACCACAGUCGGUUCGAUAAGAUCCCUAGCAUAUACCAAUCGCUGAAGCGGGUGGGGGCCAAGCUCAGCCCACGCACGUACAACGACAUCAUGGCUGGUAUUGCUGUGCAUGCCACACCCGAAUACGCAGACCAUCUGUGGAGAGCACAGAUAGCUCAAGAGUUCAGGGAGAAGCGCACAGCCACCUUCUCGACCCUUACCGCAUCACCACCUAUCGACACCCUUUACGAGCUCAACGGGGUCCUGACGGAUAUGUUAGACAACGGCCACACCCCCACAGUGAUUGCGUACCAGCACUGCAUUGCCGCGUGCCGCUCGAGCGCAGACGUCUUCCACUACAUGCACAUGCUGCAGGAUGAAGGGUUCAGAUACAACGUCACCAUGUUCCACGUGGCUCUGGAUGUGUUUGCGCGGAAUUCGGACUUGGCGGCGGCAGAUCGCCUGUAUUUGCUGGCAAAGAAUGUGGGCCCAAGAUUCACCGAGGCCCACAAGAAGAAGCGCGACGAGAUCGCCAGACACGUGUUCUCAGCCGCCGCUGUGCGUAGGUUGAAGUUGCGAGGGAAAGCGACCACACAGAAUAGCCUUGAUAGUACAACGUCCACGACUGCACAGGCGGCCGAGGAUGUAAAUAGAAUUAGAGAACCCGCGGUCAAACAGGCGAAGGGUGCCCAUACGAGCUCAGUGAAAAAGGAUACGCCGGUAGAUAAUAACAGACCCCAGGCACAUGCAGAUGACCGGAGAACGAAGGCGGCACAGGCGCGCACAGCACAGGCAAGGCUAUCAUCGCAGGACGAGACGGCCGAACCCAGAACUACUGACGAUCACUGCAGUAUACCACAGGCCAAAGGCCCUAUUAGCCAACCGAGUGGGCAGGAGCAUACGCCCGUUGACGAUAGAAUAGGACCGGCAUUAGUGUCGAAGACGAUGCAGGUGUCAGGCGAGGCACAGGCGCACACAGAUAAGCGUAGUUCGGAAGACAAUGAUGACGAUAUAUUGUUCCCGAUACUCAAGGCAUUGGAAGGGGAUGCGCCAGAUGUUGAGACUGCGGUGGCGCGGCUGAGAGAGCUGCGGGAGAGUUAUAUGAGUCACAAACGAAAGCUGCUGGAAGAAAAGGCGAGGCGGAAGAAACAUAAAUAAAACUUAGUUAGACCAC